AUGGCACAGCCAGUGCCCAAUGCAAAAGGUCUACCCGAUCAGCAGCUUAGUUUCUCGUAUAUGCAACAAAAGGGACAAGUACCUGGACUAAAAUCCGUUUCCAAUAGCGUUUCCAGUUCACAUAAUCAAGGGGACGCCCAACAUUUGCCUGAUUUCACUAUGCCUGUCCCACAGACUUUAAGGCAACCGGCACAGACGCAACGUUCAUCGCGAACACAGCCGUUAUCCCAAACGGGUGCUCGGUCAUCGCAACCAACAAACUCUCAGCAAGCGAUCCAUCCAAAUCGUCAAAACUUUGCCUAUGGGGCCGUGGGAUCAAAACCCACCAGAGUGGCGUCCAACGAUUUCUUCACUAUCGGGCCCUACCGUAAACGCAAAGAUCAAAGCCGGGUAUCUGUGGUGGAAAGAUACGAUAUUCUCGGGUAUAUUGCUGCUGGUACCUACGGUAAAGUGUAUCAGGCUCGAGGUAAGCUUGGUGCAUUUAAAGACAAUCUAUAUGCUAUUAAAAAAUUCAAAACCGACUCAAAGGAUAACGAAGUUGCUCACUAUACAGGUAUCUCGCAGAGUGCCAUUCGAGAGAUGUCCUUAUGUAAGGAGUUGAAUCACAAGAACAUCUCGAAGUUGUCAGAGAUCAUCCUGGAACGGAAAUGCAUCUACAUGGUUUUCGAAUUUGCCGAACACGACUUAUUACAGAUUAUCCAUUAUCACUCUCAUCCUGAACCACGACCUAUACCUCAACUCACUUUGAAAUCAGCUCUCUACCAGAUAUUACAGGGACUUUCGUUUCUCCAUCAAAACUGGAUUUUGCACAGAGAUCUAAAGCCAGCUAAUAUUAUGGUGACGAGUGAUGGCAUUAUCAAGAUUGGAGACUUAGGUCUUGCUAGAAAGUUUAACAACCCUUUACAGGGGCUCUACUCUGGUGAUAAAGUUGUUGUUACUAUUUGGUACCGUGCGGCAGAGCUUCUAUUAGGUGCAAGACAUUAUACACCUGCUAUUGAUAUGUGGGCAGUUGGCUGUAUCUUGGCUGAGUUACUCUCUUUGAGACCCCUUUUCAAAGGUGAAGAAACUAAGAUGGAUAACAAGAAACAGAUUCCUUUCCAGGAAAAUCAACUCCUCAAAAUAUUGGAGAUCUUGGGCACUCCUACGUUGGAGAAAUGGCCAUCGCUCAACAGCUAUCCUGAGUAUCCACAGCUUUCUCGGUUCACUCUAUUCCCAUCAAACUUGAAGGCAUGGUAUCAUACUAAUGGUGGUACUAACAAGAACUGCUUGAAGUUGUUAUCUCAGUUGUUGGAAUAUGACCCCUCAAAGAGAAUUAACGCUUUGGAAGCAUUAAAGCAUCCCUGGUUCCAGGAGAAUCCUAAACCUGUUGCCAACAUAUUCGAAGAAUCUAAGUUCGAAUAUCCGCAAAGAAAAAUACAGAAGGAAGACAUUGAUAUUCUAGGCAAAGGACAAGGACAAGGACCUUACAAUCGUAUGCAACACUAUGGAGUUCAUCAUGGUAAAAGAGCAUAUCCUGUGGCCAAUGGAGCUGAAUAUGAGUUAAACAGAAAGAGGCUGCGAUGA